UCCAGAUUUAAUAGAUGUUAUUAUCUAAAGUCCCCAAAACCGUGGGGUUGCUUCGGAAACCUGUUAAUAAUAGAUUAUCGCCAUUCUUAAUUAAUUUCAGAAAUUUAUUUAUACAAACCGCUGAUACUCCAAAUGAUAAUGCCUUGAAAUUCUUACCAUCAAUGCCUAUUCUCGGAGAAAAUCAAACCAAGGAGUUUUUAAGUGGAAGAGAAGCUGCAUGUUCACCCUUAGCACUUCGAUUAUUUUCUAUUGAUGGGAUUAAAUCAGUCAUGUUUGGACCAAAUUUUAUAACUGUAGAAAAGGUAAAUCUGGAUUUACAUUGGACAAUUCUCAAGCCUGAAAUCUUUUCAAUCUUAACUGAGUUUUUAACAAAUGGACAACAAAUUAUAAGCGACGAGGCCGCAUCCACACUUUCUAGUGAUAUGGCCAUCAACGAGGAUGAUGAUGAACUUAUUUCUGCAAUCAAAGAACUUAUCUUCACCAGAAUCAGACCUGCCAUUCAAGACGACGGAGGAGACAUUGAAUUUGUUGAUUUCUUACAAGAUGGGACUGUUUUAUUGAAGCUUAAGGGUGCCUGUAGAACUUGUGACUCCUCAUCUGUCACUUUAAAGAAUGGUAUUGAGAGUAUGUUGAAAUUUUAUAUAGAAGAAGUUAAAAACGUCGAGCAGGUAGAAGAUGAUUAUGUUAUAGAUCCAAAUCUUUCAUUUAAAAGUGAUGAGAAUUCUUUGGAAGUCUCUACUAACUCAGAUGGUAAUUUAACCACUCAACAUUUCGAAACGGCCGUUUUAAAGCCGGUAAAACGCGAGGACAAUGAACCUCCAAACUUGUAAAUAGCCACCCACUCCAAAGUAGUGAGCUCUUGUUUAUUGUUGGAAAUCUACUACUACAACUGUUAAUCUUUAUAUGAUCGUUUUUUGCGUUGAAUAAAUACCA